CUUCCCCAACGUGUCCUUUUCUCUCUCCCUGCCUGCUGUCUCUACUGUUGCUGCUGCUGCUGACAGAAACGUGUUAGGAAAGCAGAAAGAGAAAAUGCCAGCCAUCCUGGUAGCCUCCAAAAUGAAAUCGGGACUACCUAAACCCGUCCACAGCGCUGCUCCAAUCCUGCAUGUUCCAACGGCCAGGACCAUCCCACAGCCCUGUUACCUGAAGUUUGGGAACAAGGUGGAGGUGACGAAGCCAUUGUAUUCCAGCCAGAUUCCUCUCAAAUCUUCCAGUGGACAAGAAAAUGCAGGAGAUGGYCUCCCAUCAAGGAAGAGUAGCUCGGUAGAAAAUGGAUUUGACACACAGAUUUAUACGGAUUGGGCUAAUCACUAYCUGGCAAAAUCUGGUCACAAGAGAUUGAUAAAGGAUCUGCAGCAAGAUGUGACUGAUGGAGUCCUGUUGGCUGAAAUCAUCCAAGUUGUAGCAAAUGAAAAGAUUGAAGACAUCAAUGGCUGCCCAAAAAAUAGAUCUCAAAUGAUUGAAAACAUAGAUGCGUGCCUGAGUUUCUUGGCUGCGAAGGGGAUUAACAUCCAGGGGCUGUCAGCAGAAGAAAUCAGGAAUGGGAAUCUGAAGGCCAUCCUGGGGCUGUUCUUCAGCCUGUCCCGCUACAAGCAGCAGCAGCAGCAGCCCCAGCAGCAGUGCCAGCCUGGAAUCCCACCACAGCAGCAGCAGCAGGCACCCGCUCCGCUCCACAGCCCCUGCCAGCAGCCCCUGCCAGCCGGGCAGCAGCUCAAAGCACAACCAGAAAUGCACUCCAGACUCCCCGGCCCCACCACGAGGGUGUCCGCUGCGGGCAGCGAGGCCAAAGCUCGUGGUUCCAUCAGUGCCAACAACCGGCGCAGCCAGAGCUUCAACAACUACGACAAAUCCAAGCCUGGRCUGCCCCCUCCCACCCCAACAGGUGGCAAUGACAAAGAGCCUGCAGACAGCGCAGCCUCCCAGCCCACAGGAAUGAAUGAAAAUGUCUCAUCGCCGUCUCCGGGCUGCGGYGGUGCCGCUCCUUGCGGUAACUCCUCGGCCAUCCCUCAGCCCAGCUCUGCCAUCAARCCCUGGCGCAGCAAGUCCCUGAGCGCCAAGCACACGGCCACCUCUGCCAUGCUGUCCGUGAAGGCACCGGCAGCCGAGCCCCCAAAGCCGCCCCCAGAAAUGGCCAAARCCACCCCCAACGGGCAGAAAUCCAUGCUGGAAAAGCUGAAACUCUUCAACAGCAAAGGGGGCUCCAAAACGGAAGGCCCCAGGUCCCGGGAUAACAGCUGUGAGAAGCUGGAGGCUCUGCUCAGCCUGGAGGAGAGCGAGGAGAUCGAAGGCACCGCCCUGAACGUCAACAACCCGGGCUCCAUGUCCAACAGCCCCAAAAUCGCCCUCAAGGGCAUCGCACAGAGGACGUUCAGCCGCGCGCUGACCAACAAGAAAAGCUCUCCGAAGRGUAACGAGAAGGAGAAAGAGAAGCAAAAGGAGAAGGAAAAGGAUAAAAGUAAAGACCUUACGAAGAGAACCUCYAUCACCGAGAAGCUGGACCUGAGGGAGGAACCUAGAGAAGAACAGACGGCGCUGACGGCGACAGCAGAGAUGCCAAAAAAGUCCUCCAAGAUCGCGAGCUUUAUCCCCAAGGGAGGGAAGCUGAACAGCGCCAAGAAGGAUGCCUCRGCCCCUUCGCACAGCGGAAUACCAAAACCAGGAAUGAAGAACACCGCGGGCAAACCCUCGAGUGCCCCCGCCGCCACCAAGGAKGGCGAGCGCGGCCGCGGAGGGAAGGCCGGCGCGGGGCUGUCACACCACAAAUCGCAGCUGGAGAGCCGCCACUCCAGCUCCUCGUCCAGCCUGGCCUCCUCCGAGGGCAAGGGMGCCGGGGCCCCGGCCGUGAGCACCCACAGCACGGGCAGCAACACGGUGAGCGUGCAGCUGCCGCAGCCCCAGGCGCAGUACAGCCACCCCAACACCGCCACCGUCGCGCCCUUCAUGUACAGAUCUCARACAGACAAUGAGGGGAACGUAACAGCCGAGGCCAGCACGGGAGGGCUCAGCAUGGACUCUGCUCUCUAUGUCAAAACUGCCCAGCCUGCCCUGGAGGACCUCUCAGGAGAGGACCCCGAGACUCGGCGGUUGCGCACUGUGAAAAACAUCGCUGACCUUCGGCAGAACCUGGAGGARACCAUGUCCAGCUUACGGGGAACCCAGGUCACUCACAGCACCCUGGAGACCACGUUYGACACCACGGUCACCACGGAGAUCAGCGGCCGCAGCAUCCUCAGCCUGACGGGCCGGCCCACGCCGCUGUCCUGGCGCCUGGGCCAGUCCAGCCCGCGGCUGCAGGCGGGCGACGCGCCGUCCGUGGGCAACGGCUACCCCGCGCGCGGGAGUGCCGGCCGCUUCCCCGGCACCGAGCCCAACGCCGGCCGCUACCUGUACCCGGCCCCGCUGCGGCGCCAGCUGGCCACGCGCGGCCACGGUGACAUCGGUGACAGGGCCGGAGACGACAUUGACCUCCCGGGAGUGGCCAUGGACGCCACRGGCUACAUGAGCGACGGCGACGUGCUGGGCAAGAACAUCAGGGCUGACGACAUCACCAGCGGGUACCUGACRGACGGCGGGCUGGGGCUGUACACGCGGCGGCUGACCCGGCUGCCCGACGGCAUGGCCGCGGUGCGCGAGACGCUGCAGCGCAACACCGCCCUGGGGCUGGGCGACGCCGACAG